CAGAGCUAAUCAGCUUGUAGCAGGUGUGAUAAUGAAGCUGGCAGGUGGGCAGCUGACAUCAGAUCUAGUUUUUACUGCUGGCAGCUCGGUUCCACUUUCCACUGGGUUUGUUUCUACUGUUGUCGGGUCAUGUUGGCGUUUGUCUGGCUUCUUUGGAGGCUGUUUCAUGUUACACUUGGAGGUCCGAUACUGCAUCCGACGUGGCCAGAGGGGAUGGUGCCAGCGACGAACAGUGUCCCCAGUCCUACCUUCUACCGCCUGCCAGUUUUCUUGCACGCAUCAACGCCCCUUGUUCCACAGGAGCUGUUCCGACCUAUUCGGCACAGAAAGCCUCUCCCGGCCGAGCUCACCGGGCUGCUCAUUCCCCCGCUGCGACAACAUCAAAGCAUCCCAGAUAAGGUGGCGCAGGCCGUGGAAGCUUGGUGCGGCACAGAGAACGUUUCUGUACGCGUGGACCGCAUACUGCUGCGCGCUUGGAACGUGCCAACCCUGUUCCGGAUAGGCUCGUGCUCACCCAGCGCAGUCACCUCGCGGUACUUGUUCUUCCAGUACGGAAUGCUGGAGUGUGGCGGACGAGUUCAGGUUAUUGGUGGUCAGCUGGUGUAUUCUUACCUGUUGAAAUACACUCCACCCUCACAAGGGUCUGUCAUCAGAGUUUUUCCAAUUAAGCGUUUCAUCCAUUGCUAUUAUAACAGGUUUCAUUAUUCCUACAAAAUUGGUUUUAGACCACAAGUUCAACAAACAACUUUUUUGAAGAGUGUCAAGAGUAAACUGACUUUCAGCCUCAUUGUCUGUAAUGCCCAGUGGGAGCCCUUGUCCCAAGGUCAUACAUUCUUUUUAGGGGAUCAAGUCUAUUUUAUGGCUCAGGCAGGAACUUUGUUGCCUGGAGAGAGGCUUUAUGUGGAUUCAUGCCAAGCUACAAGUUCAGAAGAUCCAAGCAGCUUGCCUAAAGUAGAUAUUAUUACCAACUAUGGCUGCAUGACAGAUGGCAAGAGGGAGAGCAGCAAUUCUCGGUUCCUGUCAGGAGGUGGCAGUGUGGUGAAGUUCUCAGUGGAUGCCUUUCUCUUUAGUGGAGUCUCACAAGUGCAGUACCUCCACUGUACACUCUCAGUUGGUCUAAGCACUUCAAACAUCGCAAAGGCCUGCAACUUCAACAAGGCUGCUGGCAGGUGGGAAGAACUGACUGCUCCCCCUCCUGUCUGUUCCUGCUGUGAGACUGUGUGCACUGACAAGGACAUAUCUGUGAAGAACCAUGUCAGAAGUUCAGGUUGGCUUGUUGAACCAAACUGGGAGGAGAAGCCUACAGGAAGACUGCGAUCUUUUAAAGCUGAGGAAGAAAGAGAAUAUUUGGAUAAACAAAUUACCAAUAAAGACAACAUGGAUGUGGAUCAAAAGGACAGCCAGAGUCUUCUACAGGACAGAAGUAGUUUUAAAGAUGAAGAGUCUUUUGCUGCCAUAAAGGAAUGGAGAGUGGCAGAUGUCCCAGAACAGGAAAAGGCAGAGAAGGAGCAGACAGAAAAAAAAGUUAAGGUCAUGGAAAAUGAAGGCAGUGAAAUUAAAAUGCUGCUAACACACAGUAUGUCAGAUGAAGCUAGACCACACAACAACACUGGUCAGGUUGGGGAGAUGGACACAAAUUUUAGAAAUAUUGUAUCCAGUUUAUCCAUUGACUAUAAAAGCUCAGAUGCUUCAAAUUAUGGCUCUGGUACCAGGACAAAUUACAGUUUUGGUACUGAGUAUAAUCCAAAGAUUCAAGGUUCUUCUGGUGCUGUUUAUACUGUUGUAAAUGCCUUUAGUACACUUUGUCCACUCAGUGACGGUGUUAGUUGUAGGCCUGUUUAUAGUGCCUCUCAGGAGGAAACUGGUAGGUAUAAUGGGGGACAUGGCACAAUGUAUAGCACUGUUGGUACUGAAGGCAUUAGCCUUGAUAAUGUUAGCAAUAGUUCUGGUGCAUUAUCGGAGAAGGGUACGCCUGAGUUGGAUUUAGUCUUGUGGUCAAAACUGGUCAGUUGUGUUAAUAAAUCAGCAAUCACCACAACUCUCCACAUACCAGUUCAAGUAAUAGACUCAGUUGGCAGUGAAGGAUUAGGUGGAGAUGAUUAUCUACAGGUCAGAGGGUUACAGACAGGACAAACUCACCCAUAUUGGCUCAGAGAGCUGAUAUGUGAUGAUGGUGAGUCAAACUUUAAUUCUGGAUUGACAAGCCAACAACAUCCUAAGAGUCUGUCAGGGGGUAAAGGGAAACUAAGCAAAAAAGAUUCUGGUACCAGAAUGCCACCUCCUAUAUUUGACUCUCUUUCUAUAAAAUCAGUGCAAAUUCAUGAACACAAUUCUUCUGUGGCAACAAUCACCACUUCCUUUCAGGACUCUGAGAGCAGUCCUUUGAUUGACAGACGCUGGGCUGAGGUGGUGCCAGAUUGGGUGGUGCAACAUUUGGCUUUUCUUGUGAAGACGACAACUCAAGUUGUACAGGAUUAAAGCCACAGAUUUAUUCACCUGUCACAUCAGUGCCACAAAGUUUGUAGGUAGGUAUUUCAGUGACAAAGCUUCUACAGGGGAGGAAUAGUUACUGUCAUUUUAGUGUAAUUAUCUGAAUGCGUGGAAGCCUUGGUUUGAGAAUUGAAGCUUCUUAUUUCCAGUUAGUGUUAUCUAGACUUCAGAAUAUUGCAUUAAAACACUUAGGAAUCAAUGAAUGCUUUUCUUUUUUCUUGAACCUUUGUCUCAGUUAGGAAAUUGCCUACAAAUGUAUAUAGUAAAACCUAUGGCAGCCUUUCAAGAAAACUUUCUUGGAUCUGAACCAACAGAGGAAUCAGAGAAAUAAGACAUUUACUGGUUGUAUGAAUGAAAAAAUGUUAAUUAAAUUUCAAGUCUAUCUGUUC